CUUAAUAUCGUUUUGAUCACUUCUUCCUCCCUCUCUCAUCUAUCAUCCUCUUCUCCAUACUCUCUCAUUCCUUGAACAGUCCACCUCCCUACAUCUCCACACACUAGCCCACUCGUACUAUUGCCGCUUGAUCACUUUCCGUUCUACUCGUACCGCCUUCAACUCUGCUCAUCAUCGCCGUCUUGCCGUUUCCCCAUCUAUCUCCAAACUCAAACUUACCCGACUAGGUAAUCACUAUCAUCCAUUCAUCAUCACACCCAUUGUCUUUACUACCAUCUUCUCCCUCUUGAUCAAACACCAGACAAUAUGUCUGUCCCUCUACCUUCUCCAUCUCUCAUAUCAGCACCACCUAGGGCUAUUCCUCGAUCUCGACCUGAUAAACUUGAUUUGACCGAAUCUUCUUCUCCUACCACAACCACACCGGGUGGGACAUCAUUCCGACGUCCAGUGAGGAAUAUAGGGUUCAAAAGUCCUUCUCCUAAUGGAAACAAUCAUUCGGGUGAAGUGGAUGGUCAGGGUCAAGGAGUAGGAGGGGAAACAGAUAAUUGGAGAGAUAGGAAGACUAGGGGACCAGAGAGGACGGUCGGGGGUUUUGAGAAACGUCAGACGGUCGUAUCUCCUACAGAGAAGAAUGGCGGGAAGGAAUCUCCUGUAGGCGAUACAAAAGCCGAGGCACUCUCCCAUGUACCUUGCAGAUUCUUCAAAGCUGGUACUUGUACCGCAGGAGCUAGCUGCCCAUUCUCUCAUGAUGGAGGGGGAACUAAAGAGGUCUGUCAGUGGUUCUUGAAAGGUAAUUGCAAAUUUGGUCAUAAGUGUGCACUACUCCAUCUUCAUCCCGGUGAACCACUAUCUAUGGAUCGACGGAAUAAGAAGGCUUCUCAGCGCGAAGCUCGCGAAAAAGCAGAAGGAAAGCCGUCUACUCCUAGUACCCAAGCCGCUCCAGAGACUCCCGCCCCUCAGCACCAUGAUACCAUACGUACUGCUGUUCCGGUUCCAAUAAAAUCCGCCCUCAGUUCUUCUCUUCAAUCCCCUCCUCCUCAUCGUCUUCCUUCAUCGCCCUUGCGUGAACCUUUUGGUCCUCCGUCUGGUAUCCAAGCUGGCUCACCUGGUUUUGGACGAUUCGCCUCUUCCCCCAAUCGAGCAGGUAUAACUCCACCGUCUCUUGGACUGAAAUCCCCUGCUGUAUUACAAUUGCGUCCUUCUUCCGCUGUCCCCUCACCAUUACGUCCACCUGUCACGGCAGCACCUGGAUUCAGUAGUAGUUUCUCCCAACCUCGUCUCACUCCCGAUCGACCUAUCCCACUUUCAGCAAGUUUUGCGGAUGGUUCUUCCCGGCGUAACAUUUGGUCUCCUUCACAAGAACCAUCUAACGAACUUCUCUCACCCGCACGAGUAUUACCUCCCGCCAGAGCUGUACCUAAACACAUGCGUGCUGAAGAUGAAGAACGCGGAGAAGAAUUCCUUCCUGCUUCCUUGGAGGAUCUCUUAACCCCAUCCGAACUUGCUCGAAGACAAAACCGACGUGAUUCCCAAGGUUCUUUCCCCGGUUCACCCGUCGGGAUAGGUCACGUUCCAUACUUUGGCGAACGUCUAGCUCAAUCAGCAGGUCCAACUAUGGACCCUGGUUUCUUGAGGAGUUUAUGGAAUGAUACUGGCGUUGAUGCUCGACGAGGAUCUCCCUUAUCACCUGCGGAUCGAGAACAGGAAAGAGAUCGAGAAGAUGUUUUCAAUUUCGGUCCGGCUACAGCUCAACCAGCACCAAGACAAAGCUUGUUAAGUCAACAAAGAGGUCCCACAAGUCCACAAAGAUUUAUCACAACCCCUGUAUUAUCCUCACCACAAGGUUUGGAAGCUCCUUAUUUACGUACACCUCCUUUACCCAGUAGUCCGAGUGCGAAAGCUUUACAGGAACACGCUCCGGGUCAAAGUCUUCCUGGCGGUUUGGCGGGAGCUCUGUCUAGAUUACAUAUGACCGGAAGACCCAGUGGUCUAGCAGAUACCGGAGUCUUGAUUCCAAAAACUGGUGAUAGUAGUGAAGAGAUUACACCUCCUGGCGGGACAGUCCCUCUACCAGGGAACGGAAGGAGGGAAGGGAGGGAUGAAAGGGAUGAAGGUGUUUUCUUGAUGGAUGGUUAAGAAUGCCGAUGAUCUGGAUCAGUUACGAUAAAGUCGUGGAUGUUUUAGAUGUGUUAGAAAGAUGAUUGGAGAUGAAUACAAGGAAUCAGAGGAAUGAGAAAUCGAAACAAACGAAGGAAAGGAGGAAAAAGAAUGACUUAUGUGAUGAUAGUGUAUCUGAUGCCGUUUACCAAAUGAAGAUGUACGGAAUGCAUGGUGAUUUAAUCAUC